CAAAUGAGGCUUAAAGCACAAAAGCGAAUGAACAAGAAGAUCUCUGUGGCGAACGGUUUGGGGGCAGCUCUUCAAACCAACAUAGCAGUCGCAGAUGCUUCAGCGGCCCGCAGGAUCACCGCGACUGAAACUCCAGCACAGAAGUCAGUAUACCGAGACCGUAUCAACACCAACGUCUUCGAGCUGAAUGUCGUCCUCACAGACUCAAUGCACUGCGGGAUCGCAUUCGACUCCCCAGGAGGUAGUUUAGUCAGUACCUCCGAGUCCAGCCACCACUGCAGCCCUCAACUCUCCAAGAGUACACGACUCAGAAUGUGCUCGUACAGCCCUAGCUCUCACAACAGAUUAAAUACAGGCCCGUUAAGUCCAUCUCUGGAGCCCCACCGUCGGUGUGGUAGUCCUGGUCAGAUUAUUUCUGCCUCAAGACUCAGCCCACGUUUAGCGUACAGAAAUAACCGUACAAGAGCCUCUGUAACGUCCAGCACAUCAGUAGUGGCCCGAUUUAGGAAGUCGUUCUUCGUCAACACCAGCACUAGCAGUAUCGACAUAUCAGGCCGGUUGACUCCUGAUCCUAUGAACAGAACAAUCGCCGCCCCAGCCAGGGUUAAGAAGUUUAUCAAAAGGAAGAAAAAAGAGAAAGGACGGCGUGAGAUGAACAUUGUCAUGGUUACGGUGUUAUUUUCUUUGAACUUUGUGACUUGGAACUGUAUUUUAUUGUUCUACUACUUUUCUUAUGCGGUCUCACCUUCAACAGAAGUUUUAAAUACAAUCGCCAGGGACAAUAAAGUAGUUCUGACGUAUCUUAACGGCUGGUUCUAUUAUGCCACUUUCUUGACGAGUAGUGUGAACCCAGUAAUACAUUUCGUGUGCAAUUCUAAAAUCAGAACAGGAUUUAAGCACAUUCAUGAUAAAGUUGUGAGUGGUUUUUACAGGAAAUUUGCUGCUUGUAACUGUGCAUAAAUUUUUGGCCAAUCGCUAUAUUAUUUAAUUUAUUAAUAUCAGCCAUUGCUAAGUUGUCGUGUACAAUUCAUUUCGACUUUUAAC